AUGUCUUCUUUCCUUGGAAUCUCUCUUUCCUUCAUAUUCUCGGCUCUGCUAAUUUCACCGGCCGUUUCACAGUCAUCCUCCUGUUCGUCACAAACAUUUUCCGGCGUUAAAUUUUACCCUCACUGCCUCAACCUCCCUAACCUCAAAGCCUUCCUCCAUUACUCUUAUGACGCUGCUAACACAACUCUCGCCGUUGUUUUCUCGGCUCCGCCGUCAAAACCCGGCGGUUGGAUAGCUUGGGCAAUCAACCCAAAAUCCACCGGCAUGGCUGGAUCUCAAGCACUUGUCGCCUCAAAAGACUCCAAAACCGGUGCUGCCUCCGUGACCACGCUUAGCAUCAUCUCAUAUAAUUCGCUUGUCCCAGGGAAGCUAUCGUUCGAGGUGUGGGACCUUAAGGCGGAGGAGGAGGCGGCCGGAGCUCUACGAAUCUUCGCGAAGGUUAAGAUUCCGGCGGAUUUGGCGGCGAAUGGGAAGGUCAACCAGGUUUGGCAGGUUGGACCAGGAAUGUCACCUAACGGGAGGAUACAACCCCACGAUUUCAGCACUCCGAAUCUUAACGCCAUGGGGUCUCUCGAUUUGACCGGCGCUACCACCAGUGUUCCUGUCUCUGGCGGCGGCGACGGUAACUCCAGGGUUCAUAAGAGAAACAUCCAUGGGAUAUUAAAUACCGUAAGCUGGGGAAUUUUGUUUCCGAUUGGAGCAAUGAUAGCAAGAUACAUGAGAAUCUUUGAAUCGGCAGAUCCUGCUUGGUUUUACCUCCACGUGUCUUGUCAAUUUUCUGCUUACGUCAUCGGCGUCGCGGGAUGGGCCACCGGACUUAAGCUCGGCUCCGAAUCUAAUGGUAUUCAGUACAACAGUCAUCGCAACAUUGGCAUUGCUCUCUUCUCCUUGGCAACACUUCAGAUGUUUGCGAUGCUGUUGAGGCCAAGGAAGGACCACAAGUUCAGAUUCUUUUGGAAUAUUUAUCACCAUGGAGUUGGAUAUUCUAUCCUCAUCCUUGGAAUCAUCAAUGUUUUCAAAGGUCUCAGCAUCUUAAACCCGGAGCAUACUUACAAGACGGCUUAUAUCGCUGUGAUUGUGACAUUGGGAGGCAUCACUUUGCUCUUGGAAGCUGUAACUUGGGUCAUUGUGAUCAAGAGAAAAUCUGCUAGUUCCAACAAGCCUCCCAAGGCCUGA